AUGGAAUUGAAGGCACCUGAAAGUCUGGCUACUUUGCCUGUUGGUCUUACAAAUCUCAAGCAAAUAAUACCAAUAUCUCUCGUUUCUGUUUGCUUUCAAUUUUCUUCCCAUUUUUCACUAAGACGCAGAGAGAACAUGGAAGAUAGGCUACUAGCAAGGUCUGUUAUGGUUGAUCAUGAUGCCAAGCUCGAGUUGAUUGGAUAUUCCUCAGCUGCUCAAUCUGGAAUCAUGGAAGAAUUGGACCUUUCUAUUGCAUCUGUUCCUGUAUAUAUUGCUGAAAGAGCACCAACAAAACUUCGAGGUAGAUUUACUUCGGCUAAUCAGUUGAUGGUAUGUUUUGGACUUUCACUGAUGUACGUCAUUGGAAAUGUUGUGACCUGGCCAACUUUGGCUGUAAUUGGUGCUAUUCCAGCUCUGCUACAUGUUCUAGGAUUGUUUUUCAUCCUAGAAUCUCCCAGAUGGCUGGCAAAAGUUGGUAAACAUAAGGAGCUUGAAGCCACUCUGCAGUCUCUCAGGGGAAAGAAUGCUGACAUUUGUCUAGAAGCAGCUGAUAUUAUAAAGGUUGAUAAUCUUUCUGCCAAAUAUAUACAGAUAUCUGCUGCUGGAAUGUGCUUGAGUAGUUUUAUUCUAGGCUUGGCAUUCGCUUUUCAGGGCCUCCACCAGUUGAAGGAGCUUACUCCCAUAAUGGUGUUUAUUGGCAUACUGGGAUAUAGUGUAGCAUUCUCAUUUGGCUUAGCAGGAUUACCAUGGGUUAUAAUGUCAGAGGGUUCGGCUGGAAGCAUAGUGAGUUUGGCAAAUUGGACAUUGUCUUGGACGGGAACAUUUUUGAUCUUCUCAGUCCUUUGUGGUUCAACUGUCGUUUUUAUUGCAAAGCUAGUACCAGAGACUAAAGGGAAAACUUUAGAAGAAAUACAAGCCUCAAUUACGCAGUUUAAUUCUCUAAUAAGAUGA